UUAGGUACUGGUGAAUCGGGGAAAUCCACAUUUAUCAAACAAAUGCGGAUUAUCCAUGGUUCUGGUUACUCCGACGAAGACAAAAGAGGGUUCAUCAAACUAGUAUACCAAAAUAUAUUCAUGGCCAUGCAGAGUAUGAUCAGGGCCAUGGACAUGCUCAAAAUACAUUACUCUGAUCCAUCAUGUUCUGAACGUGCGGAGCUCAUUAAAAGUGUAGAUUUUGAAACUGUUACAACUUUUGAAAGUCCAUACGUCGAAGCGAUCAAAGCACUCUGGGGAGACUCUGGCAUUCAAGAAUGUUAUGAUCGCAGGCGUGAAUACCAGCUCACAGAUUCUGCUAAAUAUUACUUAAGCGACUUAGCAAGAAUUGAAGCCCCUGAUUAUUUACCUACCGAACAGGACAUUCUACGUGCUAGGGCUCCAACUACAGGCAUUAUCGAGUACCCUUUCGAUCUUGAUGGUAUUGUCUUCAGGAUGGUCGAUGUUGGAGGCCAGAGAUCAGAAAGACGAAAAUGGAUCCACUGUUUUGAGAAUGUAACAUCCAUUAUAUUCUUAGUGGCACUUAGUGAAUACGAUCAGAUUCUUUUUGAAUCCGAAAACGAAAAUAGGAUGGAAGAAUCCAAAGCAUUAUUCAAAACUAUCAUAACAUAUCCUUGGUUCCAACACUCAUCAGUAAUAUUGUUUUUGAACAAAAAGGAUCUUCUCGAAGAAAAAAUCAUGUAUUCUCAUCUGGUAGAUUACUUUCCAGACUUUGAGGGUCCUCAAAGGGACGCCAUAAGUGCACGAGAGUUUAUACUAAGGAUGUUUGUGGAUUUGAAUCCUGAUAGUGAGAAAAUAAUUUAUUCACAUUUCACAUGUGCCACAGAUACCGAAAACAUUAGAUUUGUCUUUGCGGCAGUGAAAGACACCAUACUACAAUCCAAUCUCAAAGAAUACAACCUUGUGUAAUAUUGCACAAAUAACGCGAAACCCCAUAUGUUAAUAUUUUUUACUAUUAUAAUGUUAAAAUAACAAUACGAUUAGUAUAAAUCCUAAUUAUAUAUAAAAACAAACAACAAAAAAGUAAAAAAAAAAAACGAGAAAAUGUAUCCUAUGUUUUUUGUACAAUAUUUUUAACAGAGUACGUUUUCUCUCACAUUUUUAUCUCCAUGAGUGUCAGUUUGUUAAUGUUGGUGUCGUGUGUGAGUCGGUGUAAAUCCGUCAUGAUUUCGAUAACAUAACAUAUAAAGGGUAACUUAAAUUUUUUUUUUAAUACAAAUUUUUUACUUAUGUAAAAAUUAAUUGAAAGAAAAUUAUGAUUAAUACUUUUUAUAAGAGCGCAUUUUUUUUUAAUUUAAUUUAUUUUUUUUAUUUAAAAAAAAUAUAUGGUUAAUCUCCUAUAUGAUGUUCAUUGCAUUUAACCCUUAUGUUAUAAUAAUUAUACAAACUAUAUAAUAUUUAAAUAUUAAAAAAAAUGUCAAUAUGAAAAAUAUUUGUACAUAAAUCUAAUGAGAUUAAGAAAUUAUUAAUAUCAGAAUAUAAAUGUUUAAAUGUAAGUAAAAACAAAACAAAAAACAAAUGUUAUCCCCCCCCCCAUUACCUAAUUAUUUAUAAUUGUUUUCUUAAAUGAAAAGUUAUUUUUAUUUUAUUAACAUCAUGAGGUGGAGGUUUUACUUGUGCAAUUUUAAUAAUUUAUUAAACCCUUAAAUUUAUAUAAGGGUAGUUCUAGUCAGUCUCGUUAAAAACUAUAAAACAUACAUUUUAAGCAAAUAUUGUGAAAUUUUCUGAGUUACCUGUGUAAAUUUUAUUGAUUUUAAAAAAAAAUUGUAAUUUUUGGUAUUUAUAUUGAUAAUCUAUGGGAAACAUCUCAACAUUGUGCUCACCCCAUUUUCGCUCUGUAUUUUAUUUAAAAUUUAAGACACUCGUUUUACUUGUUAUUAUUAUUAUUAUUAUUAUUAUUAUUUAAUAUUUAUACAUAUAAUUAUGUGUUUGUGUGUGUGUGUGUGAGUGAAUGAAUGUGUGAGUGAAUAUAUUAUGCUUAGAAAAGUCGAGAGGAUUAACCUCGACAAUCAAAACAUAUUAUACUAUCAACAAAUGGCGCUAAUUUUUCUUAUCUUUUAAUAAUUGUUUAUACAUAUUAUUUUAAAAAAUAAACAAGAUCUCCCCUCACAAUUUAAAAAAAAAAUAAUUAACAAAAUUAAAUGAUUUUAGUAGUAGUAGUAGCAGAAGUUAAUUUUAAUAAAAAUAACGAUUAAUAUGAUUAAUGUAUUUUCUUAUAGGACAAAUACAUACAAACACACAGGUAUCGUGUAUUAUCCAAACACCUCAUCAAACACUUCCAUACUAAUAAGUGAUAAAAAUUAUCAAUGUAAUAAGUGCUCUUUUGCUUUUCUAUUUGUUUGCAUGAAUCUUCAUCUGACCAAUUCACCAAUAUAAUGAAUAAUGAGUACCUCCUAGUUAAUAUUAAUAAAAUAAAUACACGCCCAUUUCUACUUCUUCUGCUACUGCUACACUUCUGUUGUUUCAUUACACAGACCAAAAUCAGUGUUCUUAAUCAGUAUCUCAUCUUUCAUAUUUAUUUAUUUUUUUCAAAAGUAUUUUAGUGAGAAUUUUCAAAUGUAUCAUCGGACUGACCUCGUAAAUAAAUAUGUAUAAUGUACGUCUAAUAAUAAUGUUAAUAUAAUUAAUUUUUCUGGGGUGAUCACAUCAACUCGACCACCUGGUGUAUUUUAAAUUUAAUGUAUUUUUUUUCCUUUUUCCAUUGUAUAAAUAUUGUUUUAUACUAUUGCAAGCCAUUAUUUUCAAUACUUUUAUAAUAUAUGGUAAUAAAAUAACAUAAUAUAUAAAACG